UUCUUUCCAGUCCCUUGGUACUCUGCCCUGGUUAAGAGAUUCUUGUAAUUCUAUAUCCCCUAUGUUGUCUACUUGGUUGAAAUUCAGUAAUAUCUCUUUGUCUCCUGGGGCUGAGUAUGCUGAUGCAAAGUAUUUGUUUAUGACGUUAGCUUUAGUUUCAUUAUCAUUAUGUGUUCAGUUGUCUUCUCCUUUUAAUGGCGCUAUGCCUGCUUUUACACAUAUAGAUUAAUUGUCAAAUUAUGGCUUUUUUUUUAAACCUUGUUUUAUUGGAAUCUAUUCUUUAGUGCUUGAAGUGGUCCUAAGAAGAAAUAAGACAAUAUAAUGAGACGGGUAACUAUUGUAUUUAAAUGUAACCAUGCGUAAAAUGGGUGGCAAAGCUAAGCUUGACUGAAUACUGAACUUUGUACGUAAGACAAUUCAUGUGUAUAAAUUUGUCAUAGUCAGUCUAAGUUUAAAAGGUCUGUUACAAGUUAUAAAGACAUGGAGAUCAAGCAAGAAGUGGCCGGUGGCAUAGUCAAAUGUUUAAGCGACUUCUGGAAAUGUAAAGAGUUGAAAGAUUUUGCUGUAAUCGUUGGAACAACAAAGUUUGAGUGUCAUGGGUUUCUUCUAGCUGUUUGUUCUGGGUUUUUUUAGAGGACUUUUUAGAUCCGGCAUGAAAGAAACGGAAUCAAAGUGUGUGACUGGUGAAGACAUCUCAAGUGAAACUUUUGAGUUGAUCCUGGAGACUCUGUACACUGGUCAUGGUGUUUUGACCAAUGACAAUGUCAUUGAUAUUUGGAGAGCUGCACACCAAUUACAAAUACCUUUUCUAAUUACAGAGUGUGAAGAGUUUGCUAAAACAUCAUUGUCAUUGAACAAUUACAUUGAAUAUUAUAAGCUAGCCAAACUUUUUGACUCCAAAGAAGUAACAGAAGUUAUUUGGUCCUUUAUUCUCAAAAACGCAGACUCUUUUUUCCAAACUGACUUUUUUUUUGAGAUGCAAAUUUCGGAUGUUAUGAAACUGAUAAAAAGUCGAGAUCUUGAAAUAAUUUCAGAAGAUUUAGUAGUAAUUGCCCUUUUUAAGUGGGUUGAAUUUAAACCUCAUGUGCAAGUUGAAAUGUCUGAAGAUUCUGAUAACCUUUUGAACAAGGAGUCAGGUCAGAAGAGAAUCAGGACGGGCUCAAACAGUUUUGAAACACCAGGCAUUCAACAGCCAAAUAAAGAUGUGACAAACAAUGCAUUGGAUGAUAAUAGAAAACAACAUUUUUUUACUCUGUUGUCAAACAUAAGAACUUGUUUAUUAAGCCCAUCAUAUUUGGAAUGGUUGAUUCAUUGUCCACUAGUUAGAGAAAAUAAAGAAGCCACAGACUUAAUAAUUGAGGCUAUAUUUUACCAGUUUCAAGUUAGCAAACGCAAUGGGGCGUGGCCACCUGGCGCUAUUUUUAGAAAAGAUGGCUGCUAUAAUAACACUGCUGUAGCUAUAAGCAAAUACCAAGAAAAUGAAUUAAAAAUAAAAGCGUUUUCAUUUUCAUCAAAGCAAUGGCUUCGACUUCCUGAUUUGUUUUGUGAAUCGAGAGUCACAUUUGCUGCUUUUGAUAAAACUCUAUACGCUCUAGGUGAAUCGAUUUCUGCUACACCAAUCUUAAGAUCAAACUCAGCCAAAAAACAUAUUUUAAAACUUAUUAAUGGUAAUUGGAUAGAAGUCAAUAUUAAAUUCACUUUCCCACCAGAACAUUCUGUUGUAGUGGCUGAUGCUUUCUUGUAUAUUCUUUCACCUCCAAGUCAAGAAGUCUGGCAAGUGGACUUAACUACAGGAAUAUCUUUUCAAAAGGCUGAUUUACCUGAUACAGUGCCAAUAACUCAUGUGACAAAUUACAAGUAUUUAAUUUUUGCAUUUUAUAUCUUGGAAAGCGAAGGGGAAAAAACUGCUGUUGAUUGUUUUAAUACCUUGCAAAACACGUGGAUAAGUCUUGAUGUUUUAGAUGGCCCUGCUACAGGUAUGAUUAGUUUUAAACAUAAACUUUCAACUUAUCUCUUACAAACCAAUGGGAAUCUCUGGAUGGUUGAGUCAAAUUCUGAAAAUGUGGAAUUUAAAUAUUUGGCCAAACUUUGGAGUUGUGACUGGCCACUUCAUGGAGCAGUCACAUUUAGGGAUGAACUCUAUAUUUAUGGAGUUAAAUCUGAAGCUUUAAAUCAAGAUUUCCAAAAACAAUUAUCUUUAAAUGACAUUUUUAGUCAAAUAGUUUACAUGGAGAGUGAGGACACAAAAUCAUCAACUCUUAUACCAUUAACAUUAGGUCGCAACUGUAUUCGCCAAAGUGAAGUUUAGCAUGUUCCAUGCUUGGACAUAUGAAAUGAGAAAUAUGUAUUAUAUUUUUACUUGAGCUAUUCAAAGUACCAUAAUUGAAAGAGUGAGUCCUCUACUUUUCUUUCUCUCCUAAAUUCACCUUCACCUAUACCUUAGUCUGUUGAACCAUUUGGGGCACCACACAAGAUCCAUUCACCGUCUAUCUCCAUUUCUCUCUUGUAAAAUGAUAGCCUGCCAACUUUCUACAUCCUUAGCCCUUUUAUAAUACUCUACUGGUAUGUAGAUUAUAUUAUUCUGUUUUGUAGGUGUUUGUGCCCAUGGUAUGAAACAGGUAAACUUUAUGCGUCAAUUACUAUCUUUUCUGUCCUCUAUACCUAUAAAAUGAUCAAAUUUACAACAUAUCAAUUUUUCAAUUAAACCUAUCUAGACUACUUAUUCUAGAGGUUAAAAUUGUAUGACAUUUCAAAAAUAUUAGGUAGAACUCUUUCUUGAAUAAUAUUUACCUGACUUUAUUAUUUUAAUCAGUUGGUUUUGAAAUCGUUCAAACUAUUUUGUUUUUACAAUUCCUUUGAUUAGCUUUUAAAAUUUGAAUGGGUUCAGGACACUGGGUGAAACCUGGAAAUCGAUUUUGAAAACAGCUCCAACAGUUUUCCUAAAAAAAACAACAACAAUGAAACUGUAAUUUUUCAAAUUAUAAUCAUCUUAAAAUCAAGUUAUAUUAAUUUGAACACACUUUCAGUGGAUAUUCCCGCACUCGACUCAAAAGUUGUUUGUAUUUUGAAUAUGCUUACCCAAGUAUUCCUACACUCUACUCAAAUGUUUCUAUGUAUUUUGAAUAUGCUUACCGGAGUAUUCCUGAAGAGUUCAAUAAAUAAGCAGACGUUCCUGAACAUUUUUGCGCACCAUCUUAUUUAAAAAUCAUAAGCUGCACCUUCGAUGACCAACUGUGAACGGGAAAAAAAUUGCAUUACAUUAAAAAUUGAAACUGUAGAUUAAAGAUAGAAGAGAAAUUGUAGAAGCUUUCAUAGAUUGAACAUCUCAUAUAGUAGCAGGGACUAGAUUGUUCCUUUUCUGCAAUACCAUAUUUGUCUUUUGUACUGAUAGAUCAAUAUGUUCAGUAAACAGGUAACAUUUUGUAUUAAAAAUUUUACCUUUAUUAAAGAAUCCUUAUAACUUUCUUCAGUAAUGGUAGUAAAGCUAUCUUCACUUGUGUUUGUUGAUGUAGGUUUCAAAUGUUAAUCUAGUAACAAUAAUAGAUAUUUGAUUCAUACGUUUAUUGAUAAUGCCUAGAAUUAAAAUUCUGAAUAGUUUUUUGUACCUUUACAUAUCCCUUAGUCUGUUGAACCGUUGGGGCACCAAGCAAGACUUUUCGACCGUCUUUUUCCAUUCCUCUCUGUCCUUUGCCCUGUUUAGAACCUCUUUCAAUGGCAGGUCCGUCCAUUCUUUUAUGUUGUCCUCCCAUCGCUUUCUCUGUCUGCCUGGUACUGUUCCCUGAAGGAAGGUCUUUGCGAGCUUCGAAGAUCUUGUAAUAUGGCCAUAGAUUUUAAGCUUGCAUUUUUUCACAGUAGUUAGCAGGUCAUCAUGGGGUCCGAUCGCUGCAGUAACCCUAUCUCUAAUCUCUUGGUUUGUGAUGCAGUCUUUGAAUAUAAUGCCUAGGAUCCUUCUGUAGCAUCUCAAUUCCAUUGCUAGGAUCCUCCUCUCUAGCUCUGCAGUCAGCGUCCAAGACUCACAAGCAUAUAGAAAUGUGGCCAUGACCAGGGAGCGCAUCAGUCUGAUUGUGGUGCCGAGGGCUAAGCCUUUGUCUUCUUUUAAGUUUUGAAAGGGCUGCUGUGGACUGUGCUAUUCAGGGCCAGUAGUUCGGGUUUUGUUUCCUCAUCUGAGACAUUAGCUCCGAGGUAUUUGAAAAGUACACGUAUGUGGUCAUGGCCACAUGACUCGAGAAAAAUAAAACAAGCCUAGCCGGUUCCUUUUCAACACAGAGGACUCUGAAAAUUUUAAUGUGGAGGAAGAGAGUUAAACAUACAGCUUCAAGAUGUACUGACAAGCAGAAACAUCAGUGCUUAGAAUGUCAGUGUUCUACACUGCUGCAAACACACACAAAAAGAAAAGUUUUAAGACAAUAUUUGUCUUUUAAAAAAUCAGAAUAUUUAGAUUUAAAAUUUAAGGUCUUGAAAGUCAUGGCAUACAUUGUAGUGUAGCUCUUUAAUAUUUUUUUUAAUGACUGAAAACUAGAUUUACCGCUUGUCGGUGCGUAGGUUAUGAUAUUCUAGCACCAAUGUGUAUUAAGUGCACAAUUUUUGAACGCACUUUCUUUGUUGCCCUGCUUUUAAGCUUAUGGAGUGGUUUUGUUAUUAUGCUGGUGUAACGUAUCUUUGAGAUUCUUCUGUGUUCCCCUGUUUAGGGUAAGUAUUUAAGGCAUCACUGCAUUUCGCAGUUGUUUCGCUGCCUUAGCGUUUUGGGACUAGAACUUUCAAUUUGUCUUUUCUUAUGUCUCUACAGGGAGUUAGUUAUGGGAUUAUCAAGAUUACAUUGGAGUUUAUUAUCGGCAAUGGGCCAGUGUUGAACGUACUAUUGUGUGGCGUUGUGUGAUAGCAAGGUGCAGAAUUAUUGUUUAAUUACUAUAACCACAAUAUUAUAAUAUUUUAGACUCAAUGUCAUUACUCCAUCAGUUGUCAUUAUUACUUAUAUUCAUGUCAUUAAACAAUUACAUUGUUAA